AUGGAGGGCAAUGUCUUGGCACGUCCGACCUUCUGUGGCAAGGCGACGACCUCGCUGCAGCGCUUGGCGCAGCCGUUUGUGCCGCUGCUGGAGGGCCAAACCCCGGCACCCAUCGUUGGCACCUCCACGGGCCCGGCUGCGCGGUUGGUGACGGGGAGGAGGGCGCAGUGGCGGCGUGUGUUGUCGGGUGGGGAGUGGUGGUCAGGGGUGAUUGACUUAGAGCUCCUGCUGGAACAAGAGGUCACAGGGCACAUCUUCGUCCAGGCCUUGCUGGUGCAGCUGCCACCCGCCGUUCGGCCGGUGGCAGGCGGAGAGAGCCUCAGCCGGGUGGACGAGGAGCUCUUCGAGGACUCCGUCGAGCGGCUGGGCGUGUCCGGCGGGAGCGCGGCCUUCUUCAAGCUGCGGUUGAAGUCGCAGAGCCGGCCGAUGGACUAUUUCAUUGGCAAAGACCUCAGCCAUGCAGAGGAUGAGGUCAACUUCUAUGAGGAAGCCUUGCAACUUCAGCGCCAGCGUGGUGCAGCAGGUCUGGGGCCACUGCUGGGCUAUACUCUGGAAUAUGCGGGCGUCCUCACUCACACCGAGAUCCAUCCUCGCGCGGCCGGGAGGACCGAGCUCUUGGUGAUGCGGAACCUGCGCUGCGGCGCCGUGAAGUUCCGCUUCUUGGACAUCAAGAUCGGGCAGAAGACCGCCCAGGUUGGGUGGCAGGGCAAGAGCCGCGCGGCCGCCUUGCGGCAAAGUCUGGUGGAUGGCAUCACCAAUAGCAGCUGCGAGGGCUUUCGCUUAGAGGGCUUUGAUGGGCGGCCGCCCGCGCUGGAGUCCAUGGACCCGCUGCUGGAUCUGGGCAUGUCGGGGAAUGCGAAGAUGGCGCACAAGGCCUUGCGUGUGAUGCUGCAGCGGAUGCCCGCCGUGGAGAUGCUGCUCCACUGGCUGGAUCUUCACCAGGAACCGCUCGACGUGGAAGAUCACGAACUUCCGGGCCGGCUCUGCACCACGGAGCUGGCCGAAGUGGUCGGCCAUGAGGCGGUGCGGGGGCUCUACGGCCUCGCGGUAGCCUGCCGGCGAUCGCCGGUGCCGCAGAAGUGGAUCGGAAGCUCGGUGGGUUUGGGCUUUGACGCUGGCCAUGUGCCGAAGCGAGAGCACGGAGAGGAGGAGGUGCGGAAGUCCACGGUGGUGUGUAUCUUCGAUUGGGGACGAUCGGAGCUGAACACCAUGCAAAAGCACAUGCAGCUGAGCGAAAAGGAUCAGCUGGACCGGAUCGAGUUCUGGCGUUAUUACAUGGGUGGCAUCGAUCGGCUGGCCUGGGAGGCAGCGAGGGCAUAUCACCAUCGCUUCAGCUGUCGCAAGUGGUCCUUGCUGACCUUCAAGGUCUGCGACUUCGACUCCAUGUCCGAGAAUGACUUCAUCGGUCGGCUCUCGGUGCCGGUGGAGGAGACCUCUGGAGAGGUCUGUGCGGAGUUGAGCUCCAAGGAUCGCAACCAUGUGGUUGGGGACUACUGGCGUGGGGCAGCGACCCUGACCUACUCCAUCACCUGGAGAGCUUUUCCACAGCCCUCGCGCCUGAAAGGGGCUUGGCGAGUUCACCUAAUUCGAGCCCAACAUCUCCCGCGGCAAGACAAGAUGCAGCUCAGGACCACCUCCGAUCCCAUGUGCGAGAUCACCGCCUGCGCGGAGGAUGAGCACGGGCUCUUGUGCCUGCGCCAGGUGAGUAGCGUGAAGGUCAGGCACUUGGACCCCGAGUGGGGCGAGACCUUCGAUCUACCUGUGGCCACAGAGGAGCGCGGGGGACCAACGACGCGGAGAAACGAUUGGCGCCCACCAAGCUUUUUCGGAUCCUGGACAUUUCCGCUGGUUGUCUGGUUGUUUUAUAGGCAGUAA